AUGCAGCCAUGGACAACCAAGAUUGCAACCUACAAUCUUCCCAAAUCUAACCCAAAAGCCAUCCCACCACAGCUGUUUGCUGUGAUAGCUGCAGAAGUCAUCAACCAGUGUGAUGCUGUGGACGGCGUGUCUGAUGGCAUCGUGAGUGCCCCAGACCUCUGCCAGCUCGACCUCAGCGUGCUCCAUUGCGAUAAUGAGCGCGCGAAUGCCUCUGCAUGCCUGUCUAGUCUGCAGCUCGAGACUGUGGAGAAGAUCUAUGGUGAUUACUAUGCGGAUGGCAAGUUUGCCUUUCCGGGCCUCGAGGUCGGUUCAGAAGCACAGUGGGCGUUUCUCCUGGGUGGGGACGCACCGUCCACCUUGGGGGACGGUUACUCUCAAUAUUUCCUUCUCGACGAUCCUAACUGGACGUGGAAGGAUUACACCGACGACAUAGUCUGGAAAGCGGACGCAGAAGAUCCGGGCAACUGCACAGCAGAUCAUUUUGACCGCCUCAAGGCAGUCAAGCAAGGAAACUCCAAAAUCCUCAUGUACCAUGGAAUGGCAGAUGCAUUGAUCGCGCAGAGAAGCUCCAAUGUCUUCUAUGACCGGGUUGCAGAGGCCUUUGGGGGACAACACGAAUUGCAGAGCUGGUUUCGCUUCUUCUUGGUUCCAGGAAUGCAGCAUGUCACCGGCACUCCAGUGAAGGCGCCAUGGUACUUCGCUGGUGCCAACUCACAAGGCGUCUUGGGAACGGAUGUGUACUCGACACCUGGGUUUGAGGACGCGCAGCAUGAUGCGCUUCUGGCUCUGAUGGAUUGGGUUGAAAAGGGAACACCAGUUGACCAACUCAUUGCUACAACAUGGAUCAACCAGACCGUGCCCAGUUCUGGCGUGUUAAGGCAGCGACCGUUGUGCCCUUAUCCACAGAGGGCUACAUACAACGGCAUCGGAGAUGUUGACAUUGCUGAGAGCUGGAGCUGCAAGAUAUGGAACAAAUCCUAG